CCCUAAUAAACUGGGGGAUUUAUUUUACACCGUACGUGAAAUGACAAGUAUACAUGAUUUACUUGUUCUAUCAGAUAUGGGCAGGGUUUCCGUUGAAAUACUUGGGAGGAAACUCCAGCAAGAUACGCAGCACGUACGGUCGGAUAUUAAGUUCCUGUUAAAUUUGGGAACAACGUCCCAUUUCUAGUCUAAUUAAAAAGAAUUGGUCACAUGGAAAAUCCCGAAAGAAAGGGAAAGUAGAAACCAAUAGUGAGAGAAAUUCCCUGCUGUCUAUGGCUGUUCAGUGGCAUGAAGGUUGAGGCUGUACUGUUAGACGAAAUGGAGAAAGUUACUGUAGAUGUGCUUAUAGAAAACCAGAAUGAAGGCUCCCCAAAGCAAGACUCCAAAGAUGAAACUGACAUUAGAGCACUGAAUGACACUGAAUUACGGGAACAGCUUUCUGAGUACGGGAUCAGCCCGGGACCAAUAUUACCUUCUACAAGGGCCAUUUAUGAGAAAAAGUUACUGCAGUUCAUGAAGGAUUGCCCAGCAGUAGCAACUAGACGGAAGAGUGAUUAUUGUGUUUCUGAUAAGGGAAAAGAUGCAGAACAAGGAAGAACCACAGAAAUAGUCCUUGAAACAAACAGCCUCAAAGUGACAGCUGAAUGUGCCUCUGGGAUUGAUAACAAAUCACACCUUGAUGUGGCAGAACGGCAGAAGAAACUCUUGUUGCCUGAUGUUGAAUGCAGUUUAGCCAAAAUAGUGGCGGAGUUACAGGAACUAUUGCCAGAGAGUAAAGUAGCAGCAUAUCGGUCCCAAGGACAAAGGAGGAAAGCCAGCAGCAGUCCUAACAGAGAUCACAGGCAAAUGAAAGGUGAUAUACCACACGAAGACUAUGGUUAUCCUGAAGCUAGUGCAGGACAAAGCACUAGAAGAAGAUCCAUAAAGGAGAAUCCCCUUUCAGUGAAGAAAAGUCCUGAAAUCAAAUCCCAGGUGGUGCCUGAGCAACCAGAGGAAGGGUUUAUACCAAUGCGUGUAAAGAUGGCUGUAUUUGCCAUCUUUGUUUUCCUCGUUUUUGUAUAUGUAACUAUGGAAACUAAUCGAGACAAUCCAUUCAUAGCCUUCAUCUCUGGAAAAUGAGCA